UAGUGGCGAGGUUGCAGAUUGCAAUUGCAGUUACUGAAACUUCUCCCGAAAACAAAUGACCCUGUCUAAAGGCCAGUGUUUAGUUUUUCAGCUCUGGGCUACUGUAGAGACAAAAUGGCGGACUCUGUGGAAGAGUACCAGCCCUGUGUGCAGGUGUAAACAGCUCAUUUAAGGUAACAAAAACACAACAAUUCUUAGUUUCAGGUAAUUAUAAACUAAUGGAAACACUGUAGUGAAUAAUAUAUUCCAUUUCUGCCGGUUUAAUCUUUAAUCAAACAAACAGGCAAGUUAGAUGAGAAUAAUUUAGAGUCAUGCGCCUUGUAACUCAGCAGGGAGAUCUGGUCACAUAAAUCCUAGGCCACUCAUUUUCAAUUUAAGGCCAAUAAAGCAGCGAGACUUUAUAACUGAAAAAGGAUUUGAAUGACUUACUAAAAAAACAACACUGAAUGAGAGAAAAGAGGAAACAGGAGAAAGGAAUAACACUCCUUCUUCCCUCUUAAUCCCCCUAAACCCUCCUAACACCUCUACUACCCCAACUCCUUUACCCCCUUACCACCUAUCUACUCUCUUCGGACUCUGAACAAAUUUAAAAAUGACCCUUCAUGUCACCUGAAUACAAUUUGAAGUAAUUUUAGAGCCUGUACAGUUUGCACGGCUCAAAGGAAAUUGAAAUGCAAAACAAACAUCUUGAAGACUUGAGUGAGAAAGUAUGGGCUUGAGAAGAAUAUGCAAUAUGCAGGACUGAUAAUUUCAUUUAAUUUUUGAAGAACUGAACAUGUAUUUGCACAUUAGACAUGUCUUGAUGUUAGUCUUGAGUUAAGAUUAUACUUUGCUCAGUUUACAAUUUUCACACACUAAAAGGCCUCAACAUUAGGAUAAGUGUGUUUCUGUGACUGUUUGUCUGUGUGUGUAUUAAUAAACAGGGUGUAUGCACAGCUGUGACUGCAUGAGAGGGGAUCAUAGUCAAAGUGUUGCAGCAGCCUGUAGCAGCUUGUAUUUUCUCAGCAGCACAGAGAUCAUAUUGAAUCAUCUGAGGCCUUGACUCAAACUAUCAAACAAAAACACUUGUUGUUUUUCCCAUUGGUUCAGCCAGCUGAAGUUUGGAGACUACAUAAGACAGGCCGACUCUACCACUGUACCUUUGUGAAGACGUGUAAGUGGACAAUGAGGGUUGUUGUUGGUUUGCUGUUGUUGCUGCUGGCUCUGUGUGGGUCAGGGGCUCAGGGGGAGGGUGGAGGCCUCGGACAGGUGGGUGAGAUCAGUGAGUUUCAGGAGACAGCUCCAAGAGAUGCAGCUGAGGAAUCGGCUGAGUCGACAACAAAGCAAACCACCCCUGACAUCUGGGCGGAGGUGAGGGCACUGAGAGACAUGGUGGUGGAGCUCAAGGUGUUCGUGCAGCUGCUGCAGAGAGAGAACUCUGACCAAGAGAUGAGACUGACUGCCACUGAGAGCAAAACAACUGACCUAGAAAAAGAAAAUGCAGACUUACAGACCAGACUGAGCAGCAGUGAGAGUGAACUUCUCCUCAGCAAGUCCAGGAUUGACCAGCUGGAGAGAGAAAAUGCAGUCCAAGCCACAGACCUGACAUCUUUAGGAACUAGACUGACUGCCACCGAGAGCAAAUCAAGUGACCUAGAAAAAGAGAAUGCAGUCCAAGCCACAGACCUGAUAUCUUUGGGAACUAGACUGACUGCCACCGAGAGCAAAACAAGUGACCUAGAAAAAGAGAAUGCAGACUUACAGACCAGACUGAGCAGCAGUGAGAGUGAACUUCUCCUCAGCAAGUCCAGGAUUGACCAGCUGGAGAGAGAAAAUGCAGACUUACAGACCAGACUGAGCAGCAGUGAGAGUGAACUUCUCCUCAGCAAGUCCAGGAUUGACCAGCUGGAGAGAGAAAAUGCAGACCAUGAAACUAGACUGACUGCCACCGAGAGCAAAUCAAGUGACCUAGAAAAAGAGACUGCAGACUUACAGACCAGACUGAGCAGCAGUGAGAGUGAACUUCUCCUCAGCAAGUCCAGGAUUGACCAGCUGGAGAGAGAAAAUGCAGAGAGACCAAAGGUGGCCUUUUACACAGCUCUGACUGAUGCAGGACAUGUUGGACCAUACAGCACCGACAUCACACUGAAAUACAGCAAAGUCUUCACCAACAUUGGCAAUGCUUACAAUCCAGCUACAGGUUUCUUCACAGCACCAGUCAAAGGGGUCUACUAUCUCCAGUUCUCUGUGUGUAGUAACCGCACAGGUUAUAUGGGUGUGUAUGUGUACAAGAACAACCAGCUGAUCAUGUUUAAUGAUGAGGGGAAGGAAGAAGUGGGUCUUGAGUAUCUGACUAAGUCUGUUGUCUUGGAGCUGAAGGCAGGAGAUGAAAUCUACCUGGUUCUCCCAUCAGAUUAUUCUCUCUAUGACAGUCCACAUAACCACAACACCUUCAGUGGCUCCCUUCUCUUCACACUGUAACCACGUUGUUACCGCAUAUAUCAAAUAAUGUGAUCCUG